AACAAAGCGUCAUAGUUAGUGGUGUUAGGAAAUAAGUGAAGCAUUUGCUACAAACUUUAACUGAACGUGAAACGAGGUUUCGUAUCAUCACAACAACAUUAAUCCCUUUGCUGCUGCUGCGUCCAUUUGUCAAGCAAUAUGUGCGACGAACUCGCUUGCACCUUCCUUGUCGUCGGUGGAGGAAUCGCCGGUGUCACAUGUGCCGAAACCUUGGCCGUCCUGCGAACUAACCCCUCCGAUCGGAUUCUUCUCAUUACUGAAUCAUCGCUCGUGAAAGCGGUCACCAAUUUGGUUUCACUUGGCAAGCUGCUCACCCGAUUCGAUGUAGAGGAGCGUGAUGCCAGCGAUCUCGCUGCCAACAACAUCGGAAUACUGCAAGAUCGUCUAGAAUCGAUUGUUACUAAGGAGCACUUCGUGAAAACCGAGAACGGAAAGCAGAUAAAAUACCGUUACUUAUGCCUCUGUACUGGUGCUAGGCCGAAUAUUAUCGAAAAGGCACACGGAAGCGAACAUGUACUCGGAAUACGGGAUACUGAAUCGGUGGCCGAGCUACAGAAACGGAUCAGCACCGCCAGUCGGCUGGUGGUCGUUGGUAAUGGUGGCAUUGCUUCGGAGCUAGUGUACGAAAUGGAGGGAAUGGAAGAAAUUCAUUGGGUGAUCAAGGACCCGUACAUUAGUUCCACAUUCGUAGAUUCCGGGGCGGCCACCUUCUUUCAGGAAAGACUGAGCCACAAAAAUCCAUCCACCGACGAAGAAAAGAAGCCGCUCUACAAGAGAAUGCGUUACACGGAACAUGUCGAUGAUGGGACGAAUUCAAGUAAACGCGGAGCAGCCUUAGGACCGGAUUGGCACCACGCGUUCGAUAUCAAAAAGCAUGGAGGUCAUGUAAAGGGUAGUGUCUCAAUUCAUCAUUCGGCGGAAGUGGCAUCAAUCGAGGAGCUGCCCGUUGACGGAAAAUUCCCACUCGCAGUGCACCUGACGGAUAGCAACGUCAUCGAGUGUGAUUUCGUUGUAUCCGCCACUGGUGUCGUUCCGGCCGUCGGAUGGCCCUGCGAUCAAUCGUUCAAACUUGGGCCCGAUGGUGGACUCUUUGUCGAUUGGCACAUGGGUACCUCCGUGGAAGACGUUUAUGCGGCGGGUGAUGCUUGCUAUGCCGGCUGGGAUCGAGCUUCGCAUUGGUUUCAGAUGCGCCUCUGGACGCAAGCGAGGCAGAUGGGUGCAAUGGCAGCCCGCAGUAUGGCGGCAAAACGUGAUGGAGAGCAGAUUUAUCAAGACUUUUGCUUCGAAAUGUUCAACCACGUGACGACCUUGUUUGGGUAUCAGGUUGUGCUUCUCGGGUGCUACAAUGGUCAAGGUUUGAACGAUAAGUACGAGGUGCUUCUCCGGAUGACACCCGGCCUUGAGUACGUCAAGUUCGUGCUGGUCGAAGGACGAUUGCAGGGAGCGCUGCUCGUCGGAGAAACGGGACUGGAAGAAACGUGCGAAAAUUUGAUACUUAACCAGCUAGACCUAUCAUCAUAUGGAGAAGACUUACUGGAUCCUAACAUCGAUAUUGAGGAUUAUUUUGAUUAAGGGCGAGAAUGGAACCAAAAUGAACCACCGUACGAGAGGCUUACACGAGUCGUUUUAUUACUGUGGGUUUGGUAUGAAACACGCUUCAUGCGUUCCGCCACACAUGGGUAUGCAUACAUUGCUAGGAAAAGAGACCGUAAAAUAAUUGGCAAUGAUACAAAUAAUGGAACAACCAGUUUCUUCUAAUCGUUGAACGAAAAAGAACAUCCAUAUUACACCUUGUCCACAUUUACACACGCGUGCGGCAAAGAAAACCUCGUUUCACCCGAAGUAUCGAAGAUAAAUAAUAAAAUGAGCC